AUUAUAGUUUUUAUUAUCGCGCUGAUGAAAAUGGUGUUAAAUUACCUAAGAUUCACUUAAUUUUAUGCAAACUAUCGUCUAAUAAUCAAGAGAUGAAAAUCGGUAUUGGUGGAAACACUCCGACAGCUGCCGAAAUCGAGAAAUGCUGGCGUUUUGUUUACGAUAUCUAUACAAAACAUCGCGAUGCAUUCGAACUUCGGACAAUCCCAUCCUCGCCAAUCCCGUCAUCUAAUGAAAGAUCAACUUCUAUGACCCCACGUUUAUCAUCCAUAUCCAUGACACCGACCUUCCAUCAUCAACAUCGUUAUUCAGCCUCAAUGCCUGUUACACCAGCAACAAUCAGUCAUUUUCAUAAUCAUACCACACCUUCCAAUCAUUCAACAGAACAGUAUCAACCUCAAACAUUUGAAGAUUUUAUGCGACAAUAUGUCAUGCAUAUUGGUAACGAAACAAAUGUUGUCUCACGCAUAGCUGUUAAGUCACAUUCUCCACUACUUGCCGUCAAACAUCCUCAUCCAUCCAAUGAGUAUCAAAACUGUGCGCAAACAUUCGACAAGACAUUAAACGAUAUUGUCGAACGUAUUUGA